AUGACUGACUCCUCGUUAACAGAGUUCAUAUCUAGCCUAAUCACAAUAAAAAACUUUCUUUUGGCUUGUGUCUUCUUGGCAUUGGCUUCCUCUUUUGCCUCUGCUUUUGAUCCCAGUCCUCUUCACGACUUCUGUGUAGCCAUCGACGACCCCCUGCAUGGUGUAUUUGUGAAUGGGAAGUUCUGCAAGGACCCAAAGCUUGUCAAAGCAGAUGAUUUCUCAUUUUCAGUUAAAAUGCCUGGAAACACUAAUAACCCAGUUGGUUCAAAUGUCACGGCUGUAAAUGUACAACAAAUCCCAGGACUCAACACUCUUGGCAUAUCAGCAGCCCGUAUUGACUUCGCACCUUAUGGCCAAAAUCCACCUUACACUCACCCUCGUGCCACUGAGAUUCUUGUUGUCCUAGAGGGUACUCUUCUUGUUGGUUUCGUCACAUCCAAUCCUAAUAACACACUUAUUAGCAAAGUUCUAAACAAAGGUGAUGUGUUCGUGUUCCCCAUUGGUCUCAUUCACUUCCAAUUCAACAUCGGGAAGACAAACGCUAUUGCCAUUGCCGCUUUGAGUAGCCAGAAUCCCGGUGUCAUUACAAUUGCAAAUGCAGUAUUUGGAUCAGAUCCUGCCAUUGAUCCUGGUUUUCUCGCCAGGCCCUUCCAGUUGGACAAAUAUGUUGUGAAAGGUCUCCAGGCCAAGUUCUGGAUAGAUGGCAAUUAG